CCAGCAGAGCUCCAUAGAACUUCACCCUCCAGCAUCCUACCCCCAUCUGACAAUUGCUCGCCGCAUUUGAACCUCAACACAUCUUACUCUGCGCCAUUCUCCCAAAGCGCAAAUUGCAAAAGGGGUGCUACAUACACAUACCCACGAGGAAAUCAAUCGGCAAAGAUGCGCGCGACAACAAUCCUAUCAGCGCUCUUCGCAGCGACCCUCGCCGCCGCCGAAACCCGCCUCGCAAAGGUCUAUAUCGAACCUGUCUCCCUCGCCACGAACCAGAAGCCGACCCUCCUCGCCGAGGUCGAGUACGACACGAAACGACCCGCCGAGGCGAGCGUGACCUCCUUCGAGGCCCCCGAGCUCGCCGACUACCCGGCCGCGACGAAGCUCGUCCGCGUCGGCGUCUACGAUGCCGUCAAGGCGCAGUGGACCUCGAGCGUGUCGGUCGCUUCGACGGAGAACUUUGCCAAGGGGUACCAGCCCAACAUUGUGCUAAGCGUCGACGGUGCCUCGGGCGAGGUCGUGGGUGCGGGUGUGAAGGGCGUACGGGUCGACGCGGGCGCGACGAGGGAUUUUGGGCCGCAAGCUGUUGUUAGGGUCGCGGGGCAGGGAAAGACGCCCGAGUUGAAUAAACCUGUUGUGUUGAGCCCCGAGGGACGCAAGGUUGUUCAGGAGGAGAAGCCGUUUUGGCAAAAGUACUGGUGGUUGAUUGCGAUUGUCGUCUUGAUGACUGUCACUGGUGGAGGAGACGGAAAAUAGACGAAAUCACGGCGAUGAAGAUACUUUAAUAGACUAUUUCACGUUCAUCCGCGAAGUACCUUACUCAGUUGAUGGCAUGGUGUCGGUGCCCAUGAUCCUGCUUCCAUCGGUAUGAGAGGAUGUGCCUAGUCUCAACUGGCCUUGGAGAGCUUCAGAGCAAUGUCCAUUGUUCUCAGUCUUCCCGGCUUAGAAGAAUGUCUCACUGGCCCAGUAUAGAGUUAACGUCAAAAGACAUCCACAGUAGAUAUCCAACCGCAUGGCAAAGAUCCGGCACUGAUUUGGUAGCCAGGACAUACUCAGUGGCUUCUCUUCACAAGUCUCGAGAUAUAUCUUGACACCUAUCAGGAUCAGCUAACUACCUUAGGUGGCAUUCCAAAAAAGAAGAAUCCGUUCGGGCCCGGAAUAUAACAAACUAUUAUCCCAAAGCCUCACAGCCCAUGUUUGCCCAUACGUAAGGCAUUGGAAGCUUCAGAUGAG